CUGCACUUUCAACAAAACUUCGGGUUCGGGUCGCUCCCUCUGGCACUCUUAUAUUUCUUUCACUCUUCGCCUUCAACCCAUGUUGAAUAGAAACACCAAGGCGCUCGAAUCUUGCGACCGGCGGCCAGGACGAGAACGAGCGGGCAAGUGGCCUUUGCGAAAGUGCGAGUCGAGAACACCGCGCGCUUGAUGCUCACACCGCGGCUUCUGCUCGCCGCCGACCGGAAGUCCACGGUCUGAAUGGGUCUUGUACCCGGCCACGGCCGCUUCUCCCGGUGGACUUGACAGCGGGUGGCUCCGGAUCGCUGAUCUCGUCGGCUGCCAGGUUCAUGUGGAGGCUCCCUGGCCGCAGCGCGCUUCGUGGGGUCCGGUCGGUGGUGGAGCGGCGCAGCCGGGCCGAGGCAGGGACUCACGAGGCGGGGCGCGCCAUGGAGCGCGCGGUGGUGCGCUGUGUGCCCUCGGAGCCCAAGCUCAGCCUGUCCUUCGCCUUGGCCGACGGCAGCCACAAAAACAUGCAGCGGGACCAGAGCGAGCCUCUGGGCCGGGUCCUCAGCCGGAUCGCUACCAACGCCCUCAAGGGACACGCAAAGGUAGCGGCCGCCAAGAAGAGCAGGAAAAACCGAGCCCAUUCGAGCGGCGGCGCGGCCUGUGCGGCGACAGGGCCUGAGCCGGUGGCGACCUGCGAGCCGGUGGUGAAGCUCUACUACCGGGAGGAGGCGGUGGCCGAGGAUGUGCUCAAUGUGGACGCCUGGCAGGACGGAGCGGUGCUGCAGAUCGGCGACGUCAAGUACAAGGUGGAGCGCAACCCGCCCACCUUCACGGAGCUGCAGUUGCCGCGCUACAUCAUGGCUGGCUUCCCCGUGUGCCCCAAACUCGGCCUGGAAUUUGGGGAUCCCGCCAGCUCCGUGUUCCGCUGGUACAAGGAAGUCAAACCCGGGGCGGCAGAACCCGGGGACAGCGGCCCCGCGUCCUCGUCUCACUCUUCGCAGCCUCCAGCUUGGAUUGAAACCGGUGUGGACGAGCGCGUCUACACCCCGUGCAAUGGUGACAUCGGACUCCGGCUCCGGCUUCACUGCACGCCAGGCAAUGGGCAGCGCUUCGGGCCAAGCCGCGAGCUAGAAAGCCUGUGCCCGGUGGAGGCCGGGCCUGGCACCUGCACUUUUGACCAUCGACAUCUGUACACCAAGAAGGUGACAGGGGACUCUUUCAUCCGCACUGUCUCGUAUAACAUCCUGGCAGACACUUACGCCCAGACUGAGUUCUCUCGGACAGUCCUGUACCCGUACUGUGCCCCCUACGCCCUGGAGCUUGACUACCGCCAGAACCUCAUACAGAAGGAGCUCACAGGCUACAACGCAGACCUCAUCUGUUUGCAGGAGGUGGACCGCGCGGUGUUCUCGGACAGCUUGGUGCCGGCCCUGGAGGCCUUCGGGCUGGAGGGCGUGUUCCGAAUCAAGCAGCACGAAGGCCUGGCCACUUUCUACCGGAAGUCGAAGUUCAGGCUCCUUAGUCAACAUGACAUCUCUUUUCAAGAAGCCCUCAAGUCGGACCCACUGCACAAAGAAUUGCUAGAGAAACUGGCUCUGAACCCAUUAGCACAGGAGAAGGUCCUCCAGAGAUCGUCCGUUCUUCAGAUUUCAGUUCUUCAGUCUACAACGGACUCUUCUAAAAAGAUAUGUGUUGCUAAUACCCACCUCUACUGGCACCCAAAAGGUGGAUACAUUCGUCUCAUUCAAAUGGCAGUCGCCUUGGUUCACAUCAGACACGUCUCGUGUGAUCUCUAUCCUGGCAUACCAGUUAUAUUUUGUGGAGACUUUAAUAGUACACCAUCAACAGGCAUGUAUCAUUUUGUCAUCAAUGGCAGCAUCCCAGAGGAUCACGAGGACUGGGCUUCCAAUGGGGACGAGGAGAGAUGCAGCAUGUCUCUCACACACGGUUUCACACUGCAGAGUGCUUGUGGUGAACCUGCGUACACAAAUUAUGUCGGUGGCUUUCACGGAUGUCUAGAUUACAUUUUCAUUGACAUAAAUACUUUAGAGGUUGAACAGGUGAUUCCAUUACCUAGUCAUGAAGAAGUUACUACCCACCAGGCCUUACCUAGUGUUUCUCAUCCUUCUGAUCACAUAGCACUUGUAUGUGACUUAAAAUGGAAAUAGAUUUUGCUUCACCAACUAUGAAAGGAAGCUAGGAACUUUUCAGAAAAUGUAAUAUGAAACAAAGCUCAUAUAUAAACCUUCAAUGAGGCAACACUAGACUUUAUGGUCAUUCCCUACUGGUUAUGUUCCAGACGGCUUUGUUACAGAACUAAUUCAUGUUUGCAUCAUAUAAUAUCUUUAUCCUUUUUUUUUUAAUUCCCUACAUUUGGAGGAAAACAUAUUUAUGACUAGCAAGAAGAAAAUUGAAUUAUUGUGUACAUUUUAUAAGGUUUUUUAAGCUGGUAAUUAAGAUUUUUAAGUACUAUUUGAAUAAUCUCAAUUUUUGUUUCACAGCACAUUUUACAUUGAAUUAUGUUAAUAUAAUUGGGGAAAGAGGGAACAUGUAGGUAAAACGUGAGAGACUUCAGAGACACAUGGAAUACAUUAGUCUGUCACUACCUCAAUUUGGUUAGAAUUUAUUAUAAUUUUGGAGCUUUAACAAAAGAUUAAAAUAUACCAUUACCUAUUCUUACAGCUUCUUUGUUUUUCAGUUAGCAAGGUAUUUUCCUUCUAGCAUUGUUUUUCAGUGUACAAAUGAUGGUUCAAAUGCAUCUAAUUUGUCUUCUCACUUGCACUUCAACUCAUUUUAACAGUAGGAUACAAGCACAAAAGAGUAUUCAAAGGGACCGGGAACAUGACUUGAUCCCUUGCCUUUGCUCUUACUCAUAAAAUAUAAGCACACAGGGAAAAAGGGAAGCGGGCAUGGUGCUUUAUAGCUGUAAUCCUAGCACUCAGGAACCCGAAGCAGGACUGCUUCCAGUUCAGUUCUGGCCUGGGUUACACAGUUCAAGGCCAGCUUGGGCUACAUACAUAGGAAAAAAGGUGACAGUGGGUUUUUGUCAAUAUCUGAAAUAAACUUUUUAUAGAUGUAAGCAUUAUAGCUUGAGGAACAGAACAGUGCCACAUAAUUUAUAUAAAAAAAUUUUAAAAUGAAGCCAACAUUUUAAGGUGAGAAAUUCCAUGCUGUGUUGGUUGGUUUCUAGCUCAGAUGCGUUUACUACAUCUGUUCUCCGCAUACCUUUCUCUUGGCCAUGCUCCAGCUAUUGCUUUGUGAUAUCCAGGUUUAACUGUAGCAUAAGCACAGCUUUCUGCAGUUCAUUUCUAGCAGAGAUAAUAAAGGCCUCUCACAUCAAGAAGAGGUCUUAUUUUUCAGUCUUCAAAACUUUUUAAUCUUUAAAUCCAGUGUCUUUUUUUCCCCAUAGUCUUCUAAUGUGGUCCGUGUUUUCAUAUUCUGUUAUCAGGUACUCUUAGGUUAGUAAUUUCAUUUGCACUUCACAUUGAACUUUUAUUCAAAUUAUUUAAAGGGAAAUAAUCAUUAAAGUGACAGUUUCUUGGGAUGCUUAAAAUAAAAAAAGCUGAUGAAAAGUU